AUGAUGAACAAGCUUUACAUCGGGAACCUGAGCCCCGCCGUCACCGCCGACGACCUCCGGCAGCUCUUCGGGGACAGGAAGCUGCCCCUGGCGGGACAGGUCCUGCUCAAGUCCGGCUACGCCUUCGUGGACUACCCCGACCAGAACUGGGCCAUCCGCGCCAUCGAGACCCUUUCGGGUAAAGUGGAAUUGCAUGGGAAAAUCAUGGAAGUUGAUUACUCAGUCUCCAAAAAGCUCAGGAGCAGGAAAAUUCAGAUUCGAAACAUCCCUCCUCACCUGCAGUGGGAGGUGUUGGAUGGACUUUUGGCUCAGUGUGGGACAGUGGAGAACGUGGAGCAAGUCAACACAGACACAGAAACUGCCGUUGUCAACGUCACAUAUGCAACAAGAGAAGAAGCUAAAACAGCCAUCGAGAAGCUAAGCGGGCAUCAGUUUGAGAACUACUCCUUCAAGAUUUCCUACAUCCCGGAUGAAGAGGUGAGCUCCCCUUCGCCCCCUCAGCGAGCCCAGCGUGGGGACCACUCUUCCCGGGAGCAAGGCCAUGCCCCUGGGGGCUCUUCUCAGGCCAGACAGAUUGAUUUCCCGCUGCGGAUCCUGGUCCCCACCCAGUUUGUUGGUGCCAUCAUCGGAAAGGAGGGCUUGACCAUAAAGAACAUCACUAAGCAGACCCAGUCCCGGGUAGACAUCCAUAGGAAGGAGAACUCUGGGGCUGCAGAGAAGCCCGUCACCAUCCAUGCCACCCCAGAGGGAACCUCUGAAGCAUGCCGCAUGAUUCUUGAAAUCAUGCAGAAAGAGGCUGAUGAGACCAAACUAGCUGAAGAGAUUCCUCUGAAGAUCUUGGCCCACAAUGGCUUGGUUGGAAGACUGAUUGGAAAAGAAGGCAGAAAUUUGAAGAAAAUUGAACAUGAGACAGGGACCAAGAUAACAAUCUCAUCCUUGCAGGAUUUGAGCAUAUACAACCCUGAAAGAACCAUCACUGUGAAGGGCACAGUUGAGGCCUGUGCCAACGCCGAAAUAGAGAUUAUGAAGAAGCUGCGUGAGGCCUUUGAAAAUGACAUGCUGGCUGUUAAUCAACAAGCCAAUCUGAUCCCGGGGUUGAACCUGAGCGCACUUGGCAUCUUUUCAACAGGACUUUCCGUGCUGCCUCCACCAGCAGGGCCCCGAGGAGCUCCCCCCGCUCCCCCCUACCACCCUUUCGCUACCCACUCUGGAUAUUUCUCCAGCCUGUGCCCCCCUCACCAGUUUGGCCCGUUCCCGCACCAUCACUCUUAUCCAGAGCAGGAGAUCGUCAAUCUCUUCAUCCCCACCCAGGCCGUGGGGGCCAUCAUCGGGAAGAAAGGGGCGCACAUUAAACAGCUGGCCAGAUUCGCCGGGGCCUCCAUUAAGAUCGCCCCAGCAGAAGGCCCAGACGUCAGUGAAAGGAUGGUCAUCAUCACCGGCCCACCUGAAGCUCAGUUCAAGGCCCAGGGGCGGAUCUUUGGGAAACUGAAAGAAGAAAACUUCUUUAACCCCAAAGAGGAGGUGAAGCUGGAAGCCCACAUCCGAGUGCCCUCCUCUACAGCCGGCCGUGUGAUCGGCAAGGGCGGCAAAACCGUGAAUGAACUGCAGAACUUAACCAGUGCAGAAGUCAUCGUGCCUCGUGACCAAACACCAGAUGAAAAUGAGGAAGUGAUUGUCAGAAUUAUCGGGCAUUUCUUUGCCAGUCAGACUGCACAGCGCAAGAUCAGGGAAAUUGUACAGCAGGUGAAGCAGCAGGAGCAGAAAUAUCCUCAGGGAGUCGCCUCACAGCGCAGCAAGUGAGGCUCCCACAGGCACCAGCAAACAACGGAUGAAUGUAGCCCUUCCAACACCUGACAGAAUGAGACCAAACACAGCCAGCCAGAUCGGGAGCAAACCAAAGACCAUCCUGAGGAAUGAGAAGUCUGCGGAGGCGCCAGGAGCUCUGCAGAGGCCCUGAGGAUCCG